AUGGCAAUAAAGGCGGUUCAUUUAGAGAUCGUAAGUGAUUUGACUACUGACGGAUUCUUGGCGGCAUUACGACGUUUCAUCGCGCGGCGAGGUAUCCCAGAACACAUUUACUCAGACAAUGGGACCAAUUUUAAAGGUGCAAACAAUCACUUAAAAGAAUUAUAUGUUCUCUUAAACUCUGACGAACACAGAGAUCGGACAAAUCGAUUCUCUGUUGAACAUCGUAUUAUAUGGCAUUUUAUACCCCCCUCCGCUCCACAUUUCGGUGGACUUUGGGAGUCCACUGUGAAAUUGUUUAAACACCACUUCAAACGAGUCGUUGGAGAACUUUUAUUCACGUUUGAGGAGCUUAACACGUUCGCGAUAGAAGUCGAAGGAAUAUUGAAUUCCAGGCCUAUUUUGUACAUCUCUUCCGACCCCAAUGAUCCUUUGGUCCUCACACCUGCACAUUGCUUAAUCGGUCAACCAUUGAUUAAUAUGCCGGAACCUGAUCUCUCGUCUGUCCCAGCGAAUCGCCUCUCGACUUGGCAACAUAUCACCAAGGUGCGACAAGACUUCUGGGCACGAUGGAGCCUGGAAUACCUUAAUGAGCUCCAAGUUCGUCGUAAAUGGAUCAAGGACGGGCAAAAAAUCAGCGUCGGAUCGAUCGUACUCCUCAAAGAGAGAGGCCUCCCUUGUAUGCAGUGGGCACUAGGCAAGAUCGAUGAAGUCCAUCCAGGACCAGACGGAAUCAUACGUACCGUCACCAUAAAAACGGCGACUGGCAUAUUCAAACGAGCCGUGAAGAAUGUAUGCCCGCUUCCUGACGAGCAGUGA